AUGAGGACGAAACGUCGUCAUGGACACGUGGUGGGGCUGCGUCUUUGUUUGGCGGUGACCCUCCGCAGGCAUCGUGAUGUUUCCCGCCUAUGCCGCACGAUGUGGUGGGUGGAGGUUGAUGGGUUGCGUUGGCAAGGGAGCAGUGAGCAGAGUGCCACCGCCCUCAAGCAGUGUGGCUGCUCUGUCUUCAGCGGAGUGCCGGUGAGUGGGACACUCACCUGCCGUUGUGGGGGUUCUCCUGCGUCUGUGUGGCUCUCUCUUUUUCUGCGGUUGCCUGGCGUCUUGUCUGUGUGUAUUUUGUUUCUCUCUUCCUCUCAUUCUCCUGUUGGCCGGUGGUUAGUGCUCAGCUGCAGCGCAAGCCAACAACUACACACACGAAGGAAAGAUAAUGCCUGGGAGACGCGAGGGGGACGGCACGGUAGUGAGGAGAGUCCCGCAUCUGAUGUGCAGUGGGGAGGUGGUUGGGCGAGGGUGCGAUUGGAGGCCGCUGCGGUGGCGCAAGGAGACACCGCUGACGCCGCCCCUCCUUUACGGAGGGAGCUGCGUGCGGUCCUCGCCGCAGCGGAGGUGCCUGUGGUGAGAGCUCCACGUUGGAGAAGUUGGAGGGGCACUACGGGGAUGUCUGCCAUGCGAGGGGUGGGGUCAUGUCAUGGAAGUGUCCGACGGGCGAGGAGGGAUGCGAAUGGAGCUGAGGGAAGGCAGGCCGCCACAGCCGUGAGAUUAAAAGGUGGAGGGUGCAACUGUUCUCACGGAUAA